GAGUGAAGCUGGCUACUUGAGUUAGCUAGGCAGGUUUCUCCUAAACUCAUUACAAUUGUAGACUUAGCUCGCUAAUACUUUUUAGCAUUGGCAUUCUACCAUUGAAAACAUGAGUACAUUGGAUAUCUCUGUGGAAGAGAAACCAUCUGGAAAAUGUUUGCUGCAUAAUUGGGUAGAGGAGAGGGCCACAGCUGCUCUGGACACGGAAGAUUCCAGACCUCAGAUCCACAAACGUGGACACAGAGGGAUUCUCAGCGUGGACCUGUCGUCAAGAGUCGAAGGAGACACCACAGUGAAAACAGACUUCACCCCUCCCAAAGGCACAGGGGUGAGACAGAGAGGCAUAAGAGGUGAACUUUUGGAAAAACAGCUUUACAAGGAAAUAAGUAAGCAGACGCUCACAGAGUUCAACCCACAGCCUCCGAAAACAGAGUUCUGCUCGACCACUCAGAAAGACUUCCACAUGAAGGGCUUCCUGCCUCGACUUCCCCAGCUCACGGGGGAGCAUGAUUACAAAAGAGACCAGGCAAUUUCCUUUUGGAAUGAGAAUCAUUCACAAGUACAGGGCGUGACCCCAGUGAGGACCAGAGACUCUCCAUUCAAGAAGAACUCCAGUUUCAGUACCCCUAUCAUCCAUCAGCUCCACCCUCCUGGGAUGGAUGCAAGCGACUACUAACCCAGCUUGUGGACACGUCACACAACUGACUAACUGAUAUGUGAUAUGUACACUACAGUAUGUUAGUUCCCAUGGAUUCUCCCUGAUGGUGGCAUGGUGCAGAUGAUCUCCCAUCAUGUGUCAACCUGAACGUUGAGGAACUCAACUCCUCCAUCCGUGAGUCGCUAACAGUCAGCGUGUCGCCGUGACAGCAAGGAGGCGUGGGCGGUAAUUAGGAGGCGUGCAAUGCAGUAGGGGGCUAUUCUCUCCCGCAGAGACCAAGACACGUGCGCUUUGUGUCUUCCACAGCUGCUAAUGGAAUCGGAAUGGCCGCUGAUGUCAUUGGCUCUGCACAGCGCCAUCCUCCAAUACUUACACUCCCAUCCCCCGAAACGCACAUUUUGCCAUCUUUUUUUUUAAACUCGUAAAUUAGGCUAACUGUAGUUGUUCGCUCUUAAGUUUUAUAAUCAUAAGAUGAGCAUUAUAAGAUGGUGUGUUUCAUCCAAGGCGGAUAGUACAGGCUGCUUCAUAUAGAGCCGAGUUGAUGACAAAUCUUAGGUAGCCAAAUAUAUUUAAUGGAUGAUAUUAGCUAGGCCUAAGCCUUAAUAUCAUAUGUCUGAAAUGUCAAACCAGGAGUUUGAUUAUCGGGAUAUUAAAGUGGGUUUGAAAUGGCCUGAAAAGGACUGUAUCAGGGAACAGUUCUAAUAAUAGAGUUUAAUCUCUCUAAGGUACCACGGCAAUUUCAACAGAAGAAAAAACUGGGUGUAUUAUUAUAGGCAGGUAGAGUUUCCUUGACUUUGAAAUGACUUAAUUUAGUUUUACUCUUAGAAAGUGUAACCCUUUCAACAAUGUCUGUAUCCAGUUCUGUCGAGAUAUGAGAUAUUCUAGGACAGUAAAAUUAAAAAUUCUCUUUCAGCUAUAUUUGGAUGAAAAUAUUUGCAAAAGUGUUGUCAGGGGGACGUGGCCUAUUUACCCGUUAAUUUGGACGGCAUCGACUAAACAGAUGGAAGAUAUGUGAAGACGUUUACCCACCCUUUCAAAGGUAAAAAGAUGUUAGAAAAAGAAUGCAAUUCAAUUGCUUAUGGCUACAAAGAAGGAUUGUAACUGUGUUUAAUAAUGUUCAAUAAAACACAUUAUAAAACUCAGAAUACUGUGGUUGGCUGAAGUGUAAAACCUGGUUGAAUAAAAGCAAAUAUAGAAUUUUACUCAGUUUAUUGAAGAAAAUAUCUUACAAUAUCUUGGAUAUACAUAUAUACAUAUAUCAUCUUGUACUGUGUAAUACCACUUUAGGACCUCUGCAUUGAUGUUGAGUUGAACACUCUGCUCCUAUCCUUUCAGAAUUCCAUAA